UCAAAUGCAAUUGGUGAAUUUAUUAUUUUAUUGACGUUGGCGUUUUCUGCAAUUAUUUCUAUUUGUCCAGAGAAAAAAAUAUUUAGAAAACAAUAUGAAUACUUCUAUUGAAGAAUCUAAGAUUGAGGAUCGAAUUCAAAAACGUGUGAACAAGAUUCUGGAAACCAGAUUGGAAGGGGAUAAAGAUACACUGGACGCACUUAAUAAUCUUUCUAACUUUUUUACGGAAAACACUUUGCAAAAUCGUCGAAAUCUACGCAGCGAAAUUGAGCGGCGUACGGUUCGCAUAAACGACAGCUUCCUCAACGCUUUCCGGGAAGUGAAAAAUACCCUUGAUGCAGUUUGUGAAGAUCUGGAUACUAUGGCAAAAUCAGUACAGACUAUGAAGUCUAAUUUGGAAUCUUCAAAAGCAUUGACACAUGACCUGAUUACCCAAACCAAUUCGCUGCAGACCGAGCGUGAACGUCUUCAGGUAGACCAGCAGAUCGCUGAAGCUUUCUUGGCGCGUUUCCAGCUCACUGUGCCCGAGCAUCAAAUUCUAUAUGGCACCACAAAAGAUGCACAAAUUGUACCGGAAUUUUUUACUGUUCUUAACCGAGUGCAAAGCAUUCAUGCCGACUGUCGCGUACUAAUGCAAUGUGGCUAUCAAACUGCCGCCUUAGAAAUAAUGGAAGAGAUGACACUGCAUCAGGAGGGUGCAUUUGAACGGCUUUAUAGGUGGACACAAAAUCACUGUCGAAACUUGGAAAAUAACGAAAUUGGCUCUUUAGUGAUUGAAGCAAUGAGCCGGCUCCAGGAUCGACCAGUUCUAUUCAAGUAUGUAAUUGACGAAUACGCGAUUGCGAGGCGGGCCGUACUAGUGCGCCUUUUUAUUGAGGCUUUGACCGAGGGCGGGGCCAAUGGCAGUUCAAAACCUAUUGAAAUGCAUGCUCAUGACCCAAAACGUUACAUCGGCGACAUGUUUGCUUGGUUGCAUCAAGCAAUUCCAAGUGAAAAGGAAAACUUAUCGAUGCUACUAAAAAAAUGCGAUAAAAAUGAUUUGUCGGAUCAAACACAAACUGCACUAGCCUAUAUUGCGGAUGGAGUUUGUCAUCCUCUGAAGGUGCGCGUGGAAACAAUAUUGACUUCAGAAAAAGAUACUAUCGUCUUAUUCGCCAUAUCUAACUUACUACGUUUUUACCAGCAAAUUAUCAAACAGGUUGUUAAGGGCGGUGCACUUGAACAAACGCUGAUUGAUUUACAAAAAUCUAGCGAAGAGAUUUACCUAAAUUCCUUGUCAAAUCAAGUGCGCAGCAUUUUACAACGUCCGGCGAGCGCUAAUUUAGGACUUGAACCGCCACAGCGCGACUUAGUGCCACCGCCGAGUGUGGGUCGUCUUUUGAAUAUGCUCAAAGAAAUACUAUCAGUAGCAACCAUGGUCGAUGGACGACAAACAGAUAUUACAAAGAUCGUGUCUUGUGUUAUCGAUCCUCUGUUGCAAUCAGUACAAGAAUCAGCUUCCCACUUGCCUACAAUCGAUAUGGCGGUAUAUCUACUAAACUGUCUCUACCACAUGCAAAGCUCGCUGACGGUAUACGAAUACAUGGACGAGCGUGUGGAGCGAUUGCAGGCACAGUCUGAUGCUCAAAUCGAUACGCUCAUUUCCGAACAAGCAUCAUCUUUGGUAGCUAAUCUGAAUCUAGGUCCCAUCUACACAAUACUGCAAAACAACCAAACGAAGAUUGAGGCAAAUUUGCUGAAAAUAUUUAUGAAUAAAAUGGAGGCCUUUUUAGAAAUGCCCGAAAUGCUGCUGCUGCCACAAGUGCAGUUGCUAAUGUCCAGCUCGCAUCGUAAUGCUGUGCAGAAGCGUUCUUUCAAUGUUAUUGUUGCUAUAUACAAACAAAUAUACGAGCGCGUGCACGAUCCGGCGAAUGGUUUCGAGAAUCCGGAAACAGUCUUUAGUAAAACGCCGGAGCAGGUUAGCAAGAUAUUGGCAGUUUAGGGUAGUAUACAGAUUCCAAUAAUUAUAUUCAUUGUUUAAAAAUUAAGUUUAGUAGUUGACACAGUCAUUGUUGUAAGGCGGUGAAUGUCGGUUGUUCUGCGAAUAACUAACAUCAUUGCCUAAGCUAUUUACAAUUAGUCUCUACGCUUUUGUACAUGCAUACACAUACACAUACAUACACAUAUAAAUAUACUAUACAUAUUAAUGGGUACGCGCCUCCAUAUCGGUCGCAGUUUUAUCAAGCUUUAAAUAUUGAGUGUACGAUUUCCUAAUUUCUUGCUCAAAUCUUAUACGUAUGCUCGUGUCGCUCUGUUAUUGUAUUUGCUGUGAGCUAAUCUGCACAACAAUAGCGCAAACGGAAUUAUAUGACGAAACGUAGCCGAAAGCAAAAGAGCUAGCGCUGUUGGCGAAAUAAAGAGGCUGCGGCAGACGGAGCUGUAAUAACUAGUAGUAUAAUUGGUACUUUGUCACCCACCGCCGGUCCAUAGCGCACUCGAGAAUUUAUCGAUUUCGCGACGCGUUCUUAUCAUUACACAGAAAAGAUGAUCAACACACAGAAAUCAGAAACUAGAAACUAGAAAAAUUCACUUUUUAUUCUAAUCAAUUAAAUGUAAAAGUGAGGGGCCGAGAGAAAUAAUUUGUUUUGAAUGAUCUCGUAAGUACAUAACAGUGCGGUGACUAAGUUAAAGUAAUCUUUUAACGAAUUCUUUGUUAAAGUGCACUCAGUUUCUUAUUUUUUGGUAGCUUGUGACGUGCGAAUAUCUAUUUAUAACAUUUUUAUCUCGUAACGGAACUUUUGUUUUGCGCGAUAAAAAGAAAGGAUUGUUUAUAUUUGUACGAAUGAAAUUGAAGAAUGUGUUUGUGUUGUUGCAGCAUCAUUCAACAUUUU